AUGGGUAACAAAGCAUCCAUAUGUGAUGAAGUAACUGCAGCUUAUCAAGCUGCUCUUGACAACGGUUCUGAUCUGCUUGAUUUGCUUAAGGAGGUGAACACCGAAUUAAGAAAAGCCGCUCUGAAAACAAAAAUCAAAGAUGGCAACGACCAUGCUACUAUUCUCAUCAUCGCUGCUCGUGAUGGAAAACUGGAUAUUGUGAAGGUUCUUUUACGCUAUGAAGCAAACGUCGAGGCCCGUGGAACGAUUAAGUUUGACGGAAAAGUUAUAGAGGAUUGGGAUCAUGAUUGUACAGCUUUGUGGGUCGCUGCUGCUAAAGGUCAUUUUGAUGUUGUGAGACUCUUGAUAAAACAAAACGCCGAAGUCGACGGCAGAACAUCGAGUAAUUCGACUCCGUCGUUGAGAGCUGCUGCCCUUCAUGGACACCUUGAUAUUGUGCGCUGUUUGGUUGAGAACGGGGCCGAUGUAAAUGCACGCACUAAUUUCGGUAGUACUCCUCUGAUGUUAACAUGUUACAAAGGCCACCUGGAUGUUGCUUCCUAUCUUGUCAAACACGGUGGAAACGUAAAUCUACAAGACAUCCAUGGACGCUCGUGUCUUCAUAAUGCUUUGAAAGGGGGUCACGUUCAGGUGGUUGGUGACUUGCUUGCUUUAGGAGCAAAACAAACACAAAAUCUAAACCGUUUAACACCACUUCUUGAAGCCAGUAAUGAUUGUAAAAUUGAAAUGGUGGAGUGGUUCAUCAACCGACCAGAAUGUUCAAAGGAACACAGAAUUGAUGCUCUUGAGCUUCUUGGAGCCACCAUUGCUAAUGAUCCUCAUGCCUACGACAUCAAAAGAGCGUUUCGUUUCAUGAAGCGAGGAAUGGAGGAGAGGUAUGGGAACCCGUCAUGUCCUUUGCUUAAAAAGAAAAUGGAACCAGUGGAGGCUUAUGAGAUUAGAACAGAAAGUCAAACUCUCGAGGAAAUUUCUCUCCUAAAAGAUGAUGAUCAUGCUAUCCAGAUGGAGGGACUCAUGAUUAGAGAGAGAAUCCUGGGAACUGACAAUACAAUAUUACGGAUCCCGAUACGUUACCGAGGAGCUGUCCUAGCUGAUUCUAAGAAGUACGAACUCUCUGUUGGUUUGUGGACGCGAGCAAUGGAAAUAGCUAUGAAUUGCAAUGUUCCAAAAACAAAAGAUCUUGAAAACCUCACUGAUCUAAUUGCAGAAAUGGUGCAGAAUGGCCACAGUUUGAGUCCACAAACUAUCGAGAACAUUUUUGAAAAACUGAUCGAUGGAAAAAGGAAACUGUCCGAAAAGUUGAAGCCUGGAGAAUUGGAAGAAGAGCAAAAAAAUGAGGCGCAAGAGACAUUACUUUUUAAUGCUCUAUAUCUCUUGGUGAUGUACACCAAAGUUCGAGUUUCCUUGGAAAUGAAAAGUGGAAACAUGAUUGAUCUUCUUCAAAGAUUUCUGCGUUUAGAGCCUCGCACCCGUGAUGGAAAUACACCUUUGCACUCGACUGUAUGGCAUAAGACUCUUGUUCGUAAAGACGCUUUUUUGCCACGUGUAUGCAAGCUUCCCUGUGUUGAGACCAUGAAGCUACUUUUACAUGCAGGGUGUGAUGUUAAUUCCGUUAAUGCCCAAGGAAACACCCCUCUUCACUUAGCCGUUACUUUUGUACCAGGACCUGAACAAGUAGGAAGUUUGGAAGAAAUGCUGGAGUUGUUGUUAGAUCUCGGCGCAGAUACAAAGCUUGUUAACAAGAAUGGUCAAACAGUUAUGGACUGCUGCGAGACUGACGAAGCCCGAGGCAUCCUGUCUGCAAAAGGAGGACUGGGUGCCAUGAACAUCGAGGCCAGAAAGGCAAGAAAGUUCUGA